AGUCACAUUCCCGCCAUUUAGGCUUAGCUGGGGUUUUAGGAUGUCACGGCAGCGAUCACUGCUCGCGUUCUAUGACAAGGAUACGAGCCGGAAGCAGGGGCGGCCCAGGCGGCCCAGGCUGGACAAUCCAAUCGAGCUCGGCGAUUCACAGGUGGAUCAAAGGCAGAAGCUCAUCGAAAGCAUUACACACAAGAUGAGGAAGCCAGUGCCUACUUCCGAUAAAAGAUUGGAAGUUCCUUUGGUGCCCGGUACUAAGCGCGUUCGUGACGAUUUCUCGAGAGAAACCUUUGAUGAGAGCAAACGCAAGAAAUUGCUGGAAGCUCUUGGUGACGACGAAGGCUCGAAGCAAGGUGCUUGGGCAGAAGCUCAAGCCAAGUUUGAGUGGAUGCAACCAUCAAACAUUCGCGAUGGAAAUGGAAGGAAUCACAGUGAUCCCUUGUUCGACGUCAGGACCGUCCACAUUCCAGAGAACGUGCUCAAGAAAAUGUCCGCAUCGCAGAGGCAGUAUUGGACAACCAAAUGCCACUACAUGGAUAUUGUUCUUUUUUUCAAAGUGGGGAAGUUUUACGAGCUUUAUGAACUAGAUGCUGAGAUCGGGCACAAAGAGCUCGACUGGAAAAUGACAAUCAGUGGAGUUGGAAAGUGUAGACAGGUUGGAGUGCCUGAGAGUGGAAUUGAAGACGCUGUUCAGAAGCUUGUGGCUCGGGGCUACAAAAUCGGACGAAUGGAACAAGUAGAAACUUCAGAGCAAGCCAAGGCUAAAAGAGGUCCAAAUGCCAUGGUAGAGAGAAAGCUUGUUCAGGUAGUCACGCCUUCAACACUCACGGACGGGAUAAUGAAACCGGAAGCCAUUCACUUGCUAGCAGUGAAAGAGGAAAACUCUGGGCCAAGCGCUGUAAUUUAUGGGUUUGCUUUCGCUGACGCUGCCGGUGGUCUUUGCUAUGUCGGCUCAUUCUGUGAUAAUGAUGCGUAUUCUGCCUUGGAUGCGCUCGUCAUGCAGAUAGCACCUCAAGAGGUGCUUUACGAAAUAGGAGGUCUCUCGCCAGGUGCCUUAAAAGUGUUUCAACGCUAUAUUCGUCCUGGGUCUUUACCACUGGUUCUUACACCUUUGCAACCAGGUGCUGACUUCCCUGAGCCAGCCACUGUUUUAGAGCUGAUUAGCUCUCGUGGAUAUUUCCAAGAGUGCGUCAAGUGCUCUGGGCAACAGCCUGGCUUUCCAGGAGUUCUCGACACUGUUGAUCAUAAAGACGCUGCUAUGACCGCAUUGGGAGCUCUCGUAUCUCAUUUACACAGGAUCAAGAUGGACGCGGAGAUAUAUAAUGGUGUUCUCUGUGCGUAUGAACUAUAUUGGGGCUUUAUGAGGCUUGACGGUCAGACAAUAGCCAACUUAGAGUUGCUUGCAAACACAGCCAACGGAGGCAAGGCUGGAAGCCUCAUGGGAUACCUUGACAGCUGCGCAACUGCUUUCGCAAAACGUCUUCUUCGACGUUGGAUUUGCCAUCCACUUCAAGACACCAAAGCUAUAAAUCAUCGUCUAGAUUCAGUCGAGGAGCUUCUGUGCAAUCCCGAAUGUGCUGCUGAGUUGCGAGCAUUACUCCGGAAGGUGCCAGAUCUGGAGCGACUCAGUGCCCGCUUACGGGGAUUUUCUGAUAGUUCUUUCGCUGAAGUGUUACUACCUCUUGCAAAACAGGCAUUUCAGCGGAGGUUGAAGACAUUGUGCCUUGCUGUUUCGGGACUUCUGCGUGCUUACCAGGUCCUCGAGUGCCUUAGGCAGAUGCCCGCGAAGGCACGUCUUCUACGUCGAGCUUGUAAGCUAUUAAAGGUGAAGAGCAGCAUCGAAUGUCUGUGGAGCAUGGAACCAAAGCUCGACAUGGAGAAACAGUCUUUGAACACAGACCAGGACGAGGACGAGGAAACGCAAAGAAAGACUUUGAGCUGGAUGAUACUCGAGUUUAACAAGCAUCAGCGCCAUUGGACAGCCAUCGUUGAUGCAUUGAGCUACAUCGACGUGCUAAUAUCUUUCGCAGCCGCUAAACGAGCAGCAGAAGGGCCGACAUGCCGUCCGACGUUCGUUGCUGCUGAUCAAGGCGUUGCUGUUUUGGAAAUGCAAGGCCUAUGGCAUCCAUUUGCAGCAGCAGGCAUGGGUGGGACUUUCGUGCCAAACGACAUAGCACUGGGCCUUGGUAAGCCUCGAGCGAUACUUCUCACAGGACCAAACAUGGGCGGGAAAUCUACAUUGCUCAGAGCAACGUGUGUGGCUACUCUCAUGGCACAACUUGGCUGCUAUGUUCCAAGUGAAUCGUGCACGCUAUCCCUCGUCGACACCAUAUUCACUCGUAUUGGAGCUCGUGAUAGAAUCAUGUCUGGCGAGAGCACAUUCAUGGUCGAAUGCGCAGAAGCUGGGUCCAUCCUCUGCAAUGCAACUAGCAACUCGUUGGUGGUACUGGACGAGCUUGGCCGGGGAACCUCCACUUUUGAUGGUUACGCUAUAGCUUAUGCGGUUUUCCGGCAUCUGGUGGAAGCAGUGGGAUGCAGGCUAGUGUUUGCGACGCAUUACCACCCGCUGACACAGGAAUUCUCUGGGCAUCCAUCUGUGAGCCUCCAACACAUGGCCUGCUCGUUUGACAGCAGCUCUAGCGACAGGCAACUGGCGUUCUUGUACAAGCUGAGAGCCGGUGCCAGUUCUGCAAGCUAUGGUCUCCAAGUCGCUCUUCUCGCCGGGAUCCCGGCCUCGGUUGUCGACGCUGCAAGGGGUGCUAGCGAGCUCAUUGCUCCGCGGCUCCGAGGCUUUAGCAGCAGUGGCAUGCUAAACUGCUGGCUGCGACGGGUUUGCUCCACGGCCAUGGACAGUGGUUCCAUUGCUGGUGCUCAAGAAGAUUACAAGUCGUUGCUAGGCCUGUGGAGCGAGCUCCAAACCGCUCUGUAAGUAUGUAUGCUUAUCCUGGUUGUUUCCAGCUAUGAGCACAAAGGCAAGAUUAGAAUCUCCUGACAAGAUAAAGCUAUGUUCCUCAAGUAGCUAUGGUACGAGAUACUAAGAUAAUGAGUACUGUGGGUGAGAAAAUUGA